GUAGCUGUUGAGGGAAACAGUUUAGAUAGACGUCCUUGGUGUGGGCACAGUCGACCCUACCCUGAUGUGGCCAUGUCCAAGAAAAUGAACAAUCUGGCAGUGCCAGCAGGUCAGAUGACCCAGGCGGUUUCUGAUGGGGAGCUCAACUUCAAGUUAUCCAGUCAUGGCAGCAGCUCCAGCCUAUCAGAGAGCUUGAGCAGGUCAGGUGGUCCUCAAGGUGCUGAUGGUCCAGCCAGUCGGGUGGUCAGCUGGGCGGUAUGUUUCGAACGCCUGCUUGAAGACCAUGUCGGCGUGCGAUACUUUACCGAGUUUCUCAAAUCAGAGGUUAGUGCAGAGAAUAUCCUGUUCUACCAAGCCUGUGAAAAGUUCAAGAAAAUCCCACCUACCAGACUGGAAGAGCUGAAGAAAGAGGCACGUUCCAUCUACGACAGUUUUCUUUCUGAAAGCUCUCUGCAUGCAGUUAAUAUUGACGAUACGGCCCAGAUGGAAGAGAGCGCCUUGGAGACACCUACACCCAACAUGUUCGAUAAAGCACAGGCACAGAUCUUCAAGCUGAUGAAAAUGGACAGCUACACGAGGUUUGUCCGCUCUUCGCUGUACCAGAACUGCAUGCUGGCUUGUGUGGAGGGUCGUCCUCUUCCCAACAUUGGAACCCCGGAGCCCAAAAGCAAAAUGUACAAAAAGAGUGCAACGCCACCUAGUAACAGAAAGAGUGUUGAGUUGAAAGUGCCCUCAUCAGACAGCAAGACCAACAGGAAGAAGAGGUUAGAGAAGACAGGCUCAUGGGGAGCUGACCAGUCGUAUCAGCAUGUGGCGGUUUCGCGUAAAGAGUCUCAGAUCUCAGUGAAGUCUAACAGCAGUCUGGAGUUAGUCUCUGGAUUCGGGCGAGCUGAGAACGGACGCUGCAAUGUGGCCAUCUCUGAUCCAGAAGCCUUGAGUUCUGGUUCUCCUACAGCAGAUAAGUACUGCUGCGUCUACCUGCCGGACGGGACCGCCAGCCUGGCCCCUGCCAGACCCGGCCUGAGUCUCAGAGACAUGCUGAGCAGCCUGUGUGAGAAGAGAGGCUUUCCUCUGAAAGAUGUUAUCAUCUACCUACUCGGCAAAGAUAAGCCUCUUUCUCUGGAUCAGGACAGCUCUGUUUUUGGAGAUCAGCAGCUCACUUUGGAGCUCAAAGUUAGAUUUGCGUUGGAUAUUGUGUUUUCAGGAAGAACGUUAGGAAUUAUCGCAAAGUCUAGCAAGAAUUUGGGUGAUGCGCUUUCUGCUGUCCUACAGAAACACCAACUACGACCUCAGGAUGUGCAGGUUACUCUGAGUGGCUCAAAUGAACCUCUAAACAUGAGCACAGAUGUGUUUUGUCUAGCCAGCAAAACGGUGCGUUUGGACAAAGUUAAAGUUGGUUUGGAGACUCAAGCUGCUUCACCAACACCCAAAGCAAAUCCCAGAUCCAGAAAACACCAAGACAUGGACGGUCUUGUUGAGCUGCUGUCCCGUGCCCAGUGCAGUCGUGCGGAUGACCAGCGUGGUUUACUCACCAAAGAGCAGCUGGAAAUACCACAGUUCCUGCAGCUGCCAGCAGAGAACGAAGAGCAGACCUCCUGCGACCAGACACAGGAAGAGGAUUGUGCCCUUUGACCAGAGAACCAUUCAAGCACUAUUCAAGCAACUUAAGACUCAAAUCAACAAGAUUUAGCUGUAUGGCAGACUG